AUGACGGACGAGCUGCACAACCGACAGACCCAGACACGAGGUAUCGUCUGUCAAAACAGCAACGCCUCGAUAGGCAACUCACAAACACCCGACGAUGAGUGUGUCCGAGACGACCAGUUUGUGCAUAAAGCUGUUUGCUCGGGUUUUCUACUUACACCCUUUCUCGGUCGCUUCUUCCCAGACGACGAUUGCUUAUGCAAGCGACACUUGCAUGUGCUCUGA